CAUCAAUCAUGAAUGUAAUUUUACAAACUGACUAAAAAUACACCUUUCAAUUUUAAGCUUCGAAAAGAUAACCUAUAGUAAAUAAUUUUAAUUUCUUAUCCAAUUUAUAGUCGGUAAUUGUAUAAAAAUUCAGGUUUUAUGGUUCUUUUGUAUUCUAAACUUAAAAUACAACCUUUAUAUAUAUAGCAUAUACGAGUUUAAAACUUUGAAUUGAUCUUAAAGAUGGCAGCGACAGUCAGCAGGGGGUCCGGGUGUGAUAGUAUCAGCUUUUCUCUUGCAUGACUCACCGCACACGCAAUUCAUACAGUUCCACCUUAAUUUUUCAACGAGCGGAAAUGUCAUGUCUCGACAUGUCAGUCAUCGAAGAAUGCCGUGCUACCUUAAAUUUCCCGUUUCUCUCUUUCUUUCAUAUUGUCUUUUGCCAAUGCUUUUAGCUGUUACACAGCAAAGUGUCUUGUUCAAUUCUCUUUUAAUAUCUCUUUUGAAUAAUGAGUACACAAACGGGUUUGCUCCGGAAUUCAGAAGGAGAAGCAGUAUUAAAGUUUCCCCAAACUCCUUAGUAGGCUGAGCUUUUACGCAAGACUCAAUACAUGAACAAACUGAUGAUAAAGUCUGGCCUACAUAACAAAUUAAGAAUACGCCUACCAUUAUGGUGAUCAAACGAGCUGAAGAGGCUUCUGCUCUUGUUCGUUUUGUUAACUGGUUGUACCUUAGCUGCUUUAGUACUAUUGACGUUCGUUUGGUGUGCUUCUUUGCUGUGAUAACCAUUUUUCUUGUCGCUAUUGUUAAGACAACACAUGGCGAGAUCUGAAAGAUUAUCAUACUUGUCAGUUGUGAUAUAUCAUCGCCAUAAGAUAGCCAAACUUCCAAAACAGUGGGGACGGUAUCGAGUAUUAAGGGCGCAAACCAGCUGAUUAUUAGUAUAACAACAAUUUUCUUCUUUGUCAUAAUUUGCGUGUAUCUGAGUGGCAACACUAUGGCACAGUAGCGGUCGAUAGCCAGUGCGAUUAUGUUAGUAACAGACGCUUCCCCGAAGUAUGAAGUGAGAUACAGAAACACAUUACCGCAGCUGCGAAUAAGCGUUCCGCAAAUGUAUAUAGAGACUGCAAGAAGAGCCACCAGGAAGAGAUCGGCCAUUGCGAGUGAUACGACAAACCAGUUUGUUUUAGUAUGAAGUCGACGGCGAGAUAUGAUGACGUAUAUAACUAAGGCGUUUCCAGAAACAGCUAUGAGUAUUAGAACCAACGAGAGAUACCAAAACCAUGACAUUCUCAAUAAAGUAGUAUAGACAGUAAGGAAAAGUAAUGUUCGAAAGUAACACUGCCAAGAUAGAGAACACCUUGAUUAGUAAGAAACUGGAGGUGGAGGAAAACUCAAACCAUUUGCCUGAGACCAGCAGAUGUUUUGGGCAGAUUAAUUGUUUAUUGGUCAGAAUAAACCAUGCUGAUUUAAAUACAUUUUUAAAAUUGGUAUGAUUCGACUUAAUGGGAGAGAUGGCCUUAAAGUAAUAUACGUCGAGUCUACAAGGGCUGUCAAAGAGCUUGAGCCAAUGAAGAGUUUCUUAAACUAUUUAUGUAUGCUAAAUUAAGUGAGUUUGGAGCCAUCUUGAAAAUAAAUUAUGAAAUUAAUUUCGUGUGAGAUAUGGCCUUGGUACAGAAAAAUAUCAACAAAUCAUGAGUAAAUUUGAAUUUCAAAUAUUUCUGUCAAUAGCAUAAUAAUUAUUAUUACAACUCAUGUUCCAAACAUACUCUCUAAUGCUUAUCUUUAUUCUCGGCGGUUUGCCAAAGUCCUUUCUAGGCCUUUUCGGUCCUUUUAUGUAGGAAACCAAGUAUACCGGAGACAGAUAGACAAGUUCAGCGUCUAGAGAACUGUCAGGGUGAACUGUUUCCCAUACAAAGUCCAUAUUUAUAAACCGCUCGCUACGCAAAAUUAACCAAUUAAGCAAUCGUUUGAUUCCUAUAAAACAGAGUAACUGAAGGAGAUCUAAGAUCACGUAGAGCUGUGAUUUGCGGCACUAUUCGUAGUCUGACUAAAUUAAUAAAGUAUAACUGGCGGUUAACUCACGGCGCAACUCAAGAUAAACUGAUCUAAAUCAGCGGAGUUGGGGAGCGAGAAAAUAGAAAAUCAUUAAAUUAUUUUUAUUAUUAUUCAUCACUAUUAUUAAUAUUCAUUUACGCACUCAGAGAAUCAGGCAUGCAGUUGAAAAGAUAUAGUACCCCCUAAAUAUAAAUGAUAUUUCGAUAUUUAGAGACUCCAAGAUGUGAAGUCUCUUAUGCAGCAUUCGACUCUAAAAUCGUGUGCUCUUGACCCUAUGCCUUCAACUUUGGUCAGCCGAUGUGAUGUCCUACUUCCUGUACUUACAAGAUUAAUCAAUAUGUCCUUAAAGUCUGGUCAAUUUCCUGUCGCCUGGAAGAAGGCUUUAGUCUCACUGUUACUUAAAAAACCUGGCCUCGACAUUCUCUUCAAGAAUUUCGUCCUGUUAGUAACUUAAUUACCAUUUGUUUCGAAGCUGACAGAGUCAGCCGUCUAUAACCAAACUCAUAGUCAUAUUUGCACGAACAAUCUUUACCCUGCCAAUCAGUCAUCUUAUAGGAAGAAUUAUAGCACAGAAACAGCGUUGCUGGGAGUGAAAAAUGACAUCUUGUUGAACAUGAACAAACAGCAUGUAACACUACUGGUUUUAUUAGAUCUUAGUGCGGCGUUUGAUACUGUGGAUCACAAUGUUUUACUCAGUCGGCUUCACUCAAAAUUUGGUAUAUCUGGAACGGCACUUGACUGGUUCCGUUCCUACCUUAAUGGAAGAUCUCAGCGUGUUAAGGUCCAAGGAAAUUUAUCUGAGAGUUUGAAUUUGGACUUCGGAGUACCGCAGGGCUCUUACCUCGGGCCAUUGCUUUUCACGAUUUAUGCAAGCAAAUUGUUUGAUGUUAUCAAGGUGCACCUUUGCACGGUUCACUGCUACACUGACGACAAGCAGUUGUAUGUGUCUUUCAGUCCAAACAUAAGCACCGGGCAAUUUGAGGUUUUCACUGCUAUACAGCACUGUGUGGAUGAUAGACGUAAUCGGAUGACCAACGAUAAACAGCAACUACCUCUCAAUGACGAUAACUGAACAGAAUUCCUAAUGAUUGGUACCAGGCAAUAACUAGCCAAGGUUAAUAUUGAUCACAUUUUAAUUGGAGACUGUGUAAUUAGACCAAAAGGGGUAGUUAAGAACUUAGGGACAUGGUUAGACUCGACUCUUUCAAUGAAUUCUCAUGUAAAUAACACUUGUUCGAAUGCUUUUUAUUACUUGUAUAAUAUAUGAAGAAUUUGGAAAUAUCUUUCUAGGCAGUCCACUGAGACGCUCAUUCACGCAUUUGUCUCAAGUCGUGUCGACUAUUGUAACAGUUUGCUCUAUGGCCCGCCAGCUUACCAGCUUAAAAAGGUACAGAGUGUCCAAAAUGCUGCCGCUAGGUUAAUUUUCCUGGAAUCUAAAUACUGCUAUGUAAGACCGUUGGUGUAUAAUCUGCACUGGCUGUCGGUUAAAUUGCGAAUUGACUUUAAGAUAUUACUGUUAACGUAUAAGGCUAUCAAUGGCUUAGCGCCUUUUUAUCUCCACGAACUUAUUAGUCUUAAAGAAGCACGUAUGAAUAGUACCUCAGAUUCCUCUGAAAUCCAAAUGAAAAAAUCUACAUAUUCAGACAUAACCGGCUAACUCUAACCCUUCCCCCCACCCCACCCCACCUCUCCCAUUCCUUUGUCCCUGGGACGUUUGCCUUGAGCUCUCAUACUUACAACUCCCUGUUUGAAAAAACCCCGGAUCCGCCACAGCAAUUGGGGUUGAAUUGAGAAUGAGAGAAAGAAGGAAAGAAGAUAGAGGGUACGGCACGUAAACUGCGUAGUUAGUCCGCUAAUUGGCUCAGGGUGGCGGACUGUCUGGUCUUUUGUCUAUUAAUUAUUCGCUGCAAAUUUUAAUUUUUAAUUAACCUUAAAUCCAAUAUUUUCUCAUUUUCCUUUACUUUUAACAUUUGCCCUUCAAACUUUUAUUGAUUACGCAUAUUCUAAUAAUCACCAAAAAAUUCUCAAAACCUCAAAAAGACAACGUUCCAAGAAUUUCAGGAUGGAUGAUUUAUUUUUUAAAAUCGAAUGACAUUUUGACAUGCAAGAUUUUCAAGGAAAACUGCUGAAGUAUAAUACAAACAAGGCCUUUAACUGUUAUCCCCUCUUAAAGGCUUAAAGCUUGAUUAUUUUUCAAAGUAUUUGUUUCAAAUUAAAGGAGAAAAAAGUGAAACCCACGAAGCUGGCUUCUGGUGUAAAAAGAUGUGAAUCUUUCGUAUUCUGGUUCGUUCCUUCCUAUAACCUUUUUCCACCAUGAUUAUAUACAGUAUUAUAUCGUUUUAGUCCGUUUCUAUAAUAUUUUUCCACCAAGGAAAUGGUAUAUCGUAGAAUGUCGUUCCAGCUUUAUGACUAUUUGGUACAACACCAGUAAUGAUUCAGGUACCGGAACUUCCUCUUCGUGUAACUUCAAUUCAUCGCUUGGACAGCUUCAAACCGUUUUUAAAAGUUGAAGACUGAACUCACAGACGUAGCAGAUUUAGUCGAUCACUUAGCUUGCAAACAAAUUCCAGUGUUGACACGGAUCCAAUUCUGACCUAUGAAAUUGUGGGGCGGGGUAGGGGGGGGACCUUGAGAUACAUCUGAGAUACGACAUAUGCAAUGAAGCCAGACAAAUCGAGAAAAUGCAUAUGCAUAUCAUUCUCUGAAAUCGAGGUAAAUAUUCCCAAAGCCACUGAACCGAGAUUGAAAAGAAUAGUUGUAUUAGUAUAUGCACAAGAAGUGAUCUCAACAAAAUCAGAGAGGAAACCAUUAAAAAGUACAAUUUCAUUGACAGAUCAAAUCACGCGAAAGUUUAUCAUUUCGCAAACAACAGCGUAAUGGCUUCAAUGGAAACUGUAUCUACUUUGAAUUGUUGCCUUAUCUGAGAAGAAAAGUAGAGCUUUGUUGUUUUCUGUUGACUCGCCAAGUUUAUGGCCAAAAGCUGUUUGUUGUGUCGUUCUUCGCAUGAAGUGCUGACAAAAAUGGCAGCUCGGUUGCUCGAGGUAACACGUCGUCUUCCUGUAGCAUUCUUUUUCCAAUUUACUUGAAACGUAGAAUUUCUGCAAACAUUUGCUUUCAAAUUUGUUUGUCAUAAAGAUACUUCGAUUUUUGGGCCAAAUUUUUCUUGUUGAAAAGCCGAGUUCACGAAACGGCCUCUUCUACGCAAAUAAACGGAAGUUGAUCCAGAGAGCACAAAACUCAGCAACAGCACACAGAAAAACGCCGUUUUGAGUCCUUUGAAGUCUUUUCUUGCCUUAUAAUACUGUGCUUUUCAAAAACAUGCGAACUCUAAAGUUCAAACGCCGCCUUCACAAUUGCGUUUUUGGCUGCCGUCAAUCAUAAUUACGAUCAUUAAGUAACGAACCUUGAAACACAGAAACACACAAAACGGAUGGAAAUCUUCCAAUCACAAAUCAGAAACCAUGACCUUUUGAACCUGUUAAAGUAAAGUUUUGUUUCCUAAAACUGAGGUCCGUUAAGAUGAUUGACGGCAGCGAAAAACGAAAUCCACGUGGUCAGUUGGCUUUUGAACUUCAAAAUAAUCAUGUUUGUGAAAAGCGCAGUAAAAAAAGUCAACCCUUUUCAAGGAUUUUAUCGACUUUCAAAAGAUCAUUCUCUAAAAAAAUGGGAAAAACACCGAACUCACUCAUUAUUCACUUGCUAGGAGGUGACUAUUGUUCAAUAGUUCUAGAUAGCGAACCAAUCAGAUUGCUUCAAUCACCAAGAUCACUGAGUGUGUAUAUACUAAAUAUAUAUGUCCUCAAAAUUAAUCACUGAAUUAACACAUAAUUUGAUUAAAUGAACAGUUGAUGAAUUAUCUUUCGCUUAUUUCAGUAUUUAUUGAGACCGUUUAUUGAUUUUAUUUUUGAUCAGUUAAUUACCAACGAUUCUUUGUCACUGUUAUUAAGUCCUAUGGUUUAUUAUUUCAUUUAAUCAAUUAGUCAAUUAGUUAUCGAGCAUUAAACUUAGUAAAGGUUUCCUACUUACGAACCUGUGCGAGUAGAAGUUUCAAAUUGAUUUCGAACCUUAAUUUCACAUGUUAUUUCCGGUUCGUGGCCAAACAAGGUUCGCACCAGAAACAUUUAUCGGAGUUAUAAGCUCACGGCCACGCUUAACGAAGUCAAAUCACUCCUUGGCCUGUACGUUUUCAGACUCUAGGGGAACCUUAAGAAAAAAAAAACAAUGAUGACCAAAGUGCUUCACUUUCCUAUCGGUAUUGCGACUAUUCUGCUCUGCUUUUCUAUUGCCUUUGUGAGUACAAAAAGGAAUGCUUUGAAUGGCCGACGAGACAUGUUUGAAGGCGACAUUGACGAUAUGACGCGCAAACAUCAAACCCCAAAUACCAGAGGAGAUGAUGAUUCCUUUGAAGAUUUCUUUGAUGCUCAAGGAGAUGAAUCGUAAGUAGAAGUGUUUAAAAUUUACAAUAUAUCCACAACUAGUGUUUAUGAUAAAAAGUUAUCAGGGUACCGAAAACCUCUACAAAAUAAAUUUAAUAGGCGUUUUUUGUUUUAGUGGAGGCGUGUGUUGUCGAGCGGUUAUAACCUCGAACUGUCAGGGGUUCAAGCCUCGCCCAUCGCGUUGUUUCCUUAGACAAAGAACUUUACUCCCUUUGUCUCUCUUCACCCAGGUGUAUAAAUGGGUACCGGCGACAUACUGCUGGGGGGUAACUCUACGAUGGACUAGCAUCCCGUCCAGGGGGGGAUUAGCAGUAGUCCGUAGGCAUACUUCAUGCUACGGAAACCGGUAUAAGCUCCGGGCGUUUGGGACUUUGGCUCGUGUGCGCCUUUACCUUACCUACCCUUACCUUUUGUUUUGUUUUGUUUUUUGCUCGUUAGAUUUUUCAAUGUACGUUGCAUGCCCGUAUAUAUCGCCCUCAGUUAGCGAAGAGAGAGACACUUUGAGAUAUACUUAAAUGUAUACUUAAUUUCCUAAUUCUCAGUGAUACAGAAAAUCAAUUUUAUGAUUUUACUAUCUUUUAUGUGGGGAUUUUAGCAUUACAACUUCAAAAAAGGUCCCUGACUUCCGGAUUGGUGCGACUUAAUGAAAAGUUUUGAACUAACUAAAUCAGUUAGGUAAUUAAUAAAACAGUGACCUUAGAAUUUCAACCAAACGACCAAAUUUAUCCCUUUCAACACAAAACAUGACAAGCGCAUUUAAAGUAAUUUUAGUGCUAAAGCCAAUACGAAGAACUGACGGACAAUCUACCUCGCAAAAUUAAGAUGUUGACAAUUUUGUAGCAGGAAAUCACUUUAAUGUAUAGAGGUAACUUUAUGAGCGAGCUAUUUUUAUUCUCUAUCCUUCCAUGUUUUUUUUUGAUUGUCGCCAAUAAAAUUGUCACACUUUGAUCCUAAAUUGUCGCACUUUGUAAUAAAAAAGCUGUCGCACUUUGUAAUAACAGACCAUUUUGUAAUAAAAAAAAAGCUGUCACACUUUUCAUUCUUUAAAUAGAUGGUCGAAGGACAAGUAAACCCAGUAAUAAGUGUCAUCAUCGACAACAACAACAAAGUGCGACAGUACAAUCCUUCCACGUUUUCUUUUGAUUGUGCCAACUUUUGAUCUAAAUCUCUAAUCUUUUCUUUUUCAUUCUUUAAAGCGAGAAUGAGGAGUAUGAUUUUCAAGAUGCUCUUCCUCGUAGCCGAUGGGGAGCAGGUGCUCAGGUUCGCUGGCGCAGCUCAAAAGCCAUACCUGGUUAUCGCUUCAGAUAUAGAAAGUAACCACAGGAAAUACAUCAAGGCCAACAUGAGAAAGCGACAGUGAUGAUCUUUCCUAAGAAGAAGUUUAGACUCAAAGUUAACAAAAUCACCCAUUGUAUUGUACCUCAACUAGUUAACAAUGUUAAUAUAUAAAGCGUCGCAUCGGUCAACGAUAAGUUGGCGAAAAGCAAUAAAAACUGUAUAACGAAUGGGUUUUAAGUGGUCAUUUUUGUCUUCUAACUAAUUAAAUAAGGCCGUGUCUUGUCGGUUUUACGUUUCAGUUGAAUUUGGAAAUGUUGGGCUUCCUACGAGGGAAGAAAAACAAUAAUUAUACCAAAACAGGGGCGUAGUCAGCUUUUCGACUAGUUGUAGGUCUGGCUGACUCUCAUUUCAACACAUCGUGAAAAUUGCACGCAUGACUUAAGUACUCACUGACCUUUCACUCCAACACAAAACAAAAUUGGAUAAAUCUAAAACCUCAAAUUCGAUCCCUGCCUGUGACCAAGAGAGGAUAAAGGGGACAGAGAAGGCAUCCCCCAUACACACCCUAUUCCAUAGGUAAUUCGUCUCGAGUUAUUUUUAGAAUCGAGAUAAAGUUACCUUGCGCGCUGCGAGGAUGUUUCGUAGAGGUUUCUUAUGACUAAACGCCGUGCAAAACAUGUCGGGCGAAAGGCAAUCAAAGCGUAAAGGGAUCGAGAGCAUUCCUGAAUAUUGAAGCGAAAUGAGUCGGCGCUCACCUGGGGAAAGGGAAUCGCUGGACUCUUUGACAACCCGUGAAAUCAGUUUACUCGAGGUUGUCGUAACCUCAGUGCUUUAAUAAAAUGAGUAAUUUCGCCGGUCUUUUGAAACCGGUCGUUUGUACAGUAAUGCAAGUAGGACGCCAGGUGUUAUUUUUGUUGAAUAAUAAAAGACUAAUAAAAGAAUAAAUAUCAAACCAGAAAUUGCUCUCUUCAAACUGUAAAUUAUAAAUGAUCCUGAGGAAUAAUCAGUGUGUUAAGGAUUUCCCUGCUGUACUGUUAGCUCUAUACAACAGAGGAAGGGCGAUUCUUUUUUAAUUUCCGUUUCGCUGACACAGCUUUAGCAGAAAUCCCUCUGCUCUGUGGUUGUUUUCGUCGACAAAACGAAUGGCAAUAUCGCUCCCCGCGUCCAUUUUGUUCUGCGUCAAUUCUUGAAGGACGCGUUGCUCUGAGUGUGGGUCAUCCACGCGGAACACAUUCGCGCUAUGUGAUUGAUUGGGAUCUGUGGUCUUAAAAAUAACUCGAGACGAAUUACCUGUGGAAUAGUGUGUGUAUGGGGGAUGCCCUCUCUGUCCCCUUUAUCCUCUCUUGCUGUGACUCAUUCACUUUCGGCUUAAAUUCCUAAGAGGUAUCUCGAGGAUAUGCCUGUCUGCGGAUGGAAGUUGUUUUAACCACACUGAGUUGAUUAUGACUAUUAAAAGAAAAUGCUAAAAAUAAUUAUUUAGAAUACAAUAAAAUCCACACCCUCGAUAAAAUACAACGGAAAGUAGACAAUUACAAUACUGUGAUAGUUAAUGAUAACAUAAAAUAGCUAAAUAAAUAAAUAACUUGUUGUCUGAUCUAUUCACUGCAGUUACUAGAAAUAUGAGAUUAAAUAUGCUCUGAAAAGUUCAAUUUUCUAACAAAAAUUUUUUCCUAAAACUGGCUAGCAGAAGCCUCUCGUAGAACUUUGUUUAGUUUAGACCAUAUAUCUGAUAGAAUGUUUUCCAUAGCGAAGGGUGCUGAAACGCGUGACAAAGUCAUUAUUUCGGAGUGAAUGCGCAGAAUCGUUACGAAAGAACAAGUUGAAAACAUUAUCUGGCACAAGACCAUACUUGACUUUAUACAUCAGUACUACGAUGCCUUGAAGACGUCUAUACAACGUGGGAAGGUUAAUUAGCCCUCUCUAAGAGUUCUUCAUACGUAUCCGAGUGGGAUCUAUAUGUGGCUCUCAAUGCCGCGUUCCGUAGUCGUUCCACCUUCCAGUUUGCCUGACGACUUACAAACGGAUGCCAUAUUAGGUGGCAAUAUCGUUAAAAAGUCGUGGCAUACUGAAACAGUAUUAUCAUUGAUGUGGCUUAGUUUAAAUUGCUGCAGUGAAUUAGAGAAAGACGCAUUUUAAUUGACAUUUACCAGUACAGAUACCAGUGACGGGUUCUUGAAUGUACAAAAUGUACAAAAAAGAGUGCUGCCCGAGCAGACUUGUUGUUUUGCUCAGUAAGGGGCUGUUUACAUGGAGAGAGGAAGAUCCUAAAAGGUGGAAAACCUUUUCGUUGAUGCAGAAAAGGAAUUAAAGAUGGCGGGUGACAAUAGCGGUGACAUACCAUGCUGGCCCUUUUGCUUUCUUUACUAGCGGCAAUAACUACCUUUCAGCAGAAACUGGCAGUUCUUUACAACUGCCAACGCCAGGCAAAAUUUUCAGCCUUAUGUCCUUGAUUAACCACCAAACGGCCCGCCAUCAUUCUUCUCUAGUUUGACCCUAGUACGAGAAUCUUCCCAUCCUCGGACACCCAGGGGCAGUCAGUCGGGUCGGGAGAAAAGGCGGGACGAAAGUUUCCAAGUAUGGGCAAAAGAGCCCCUGGGUACCGACUCUCACCGAGCUAUUUCCAAAGAUUCAAGCGAAUGCCGCCUCCUGAUUGGGCACAAAAAAUGCUUUGUAUUGUUGUGCCCAAUCGGCGAACAGUUUCUCCGCUCCUUUCGUCCUGCCUUUUCUCCCGACCCGACUGACUGCCCCUGGGUCUCCGAGGAUGGAAUCUUCCUAGCGGAAGCAGUCUACUUGGUGCUAAGAAGUUCCUCUUGCUACAGGGGUGGAUCUAGGGGGAGGGUGCGCACCCCCCCCCCACCCCUGAGAUGACCUUCGGUUUUCUAAUACACCUGGUAUUCUGCAAAAAAAAAAACUAUCUGGUUUAUUGGUGUUGAAGUAGAGCAAGAAACGAGUGCACCCCCUCCUAAAAAAAUCCUGGAUCCGCCCCGGUGCUAGGAUCGUUUUACCUCUUAGCAAGGAAGAUCCUGCUACUACGAAUAUCCUCAUAGCGCUAGGGACAAGUACAACCCUUGACAUGUAAACUAAAUAAAGAAACAAUAUGACGCUAGGUUGAUCCGCCUUCUAGGGUGUUCGGGGGCUAGAUUCUUAGGCUCCGUCCACACCGGAAUCUGGGUAUUUUUGAAACCGUAUAUAUAUUACAUUCCACGAAUCAACAUUCCGUACACAUGAAACCAGUGAAUCCGCUCGGCGAAUCUGUCUUUUUUUUUUGUUUGUUUGUUUGUUUUUUUAACUGCUAAGCAAAAUGGCUGGUUUAAUGCCCCCUCCACGCGAAAUCCGGAUAAAAAAUAAGCGGUUUCAUAAAUGUCCGGGCCCCUGUGGUAUUAAGGAGAACUCUGUAUUUGUAUGUAUAUUUUAACGUUUCGAGAAUUAUACUAGUUGUAAUUUUACAUGAGAAAGAUACCAAUCAUUUGUGGCGAUAAUCAUCGUAACAUGAAUACCGAGUUUGAGCCCCAUGUGAUGACUCAGAGGUAACUGCGAGAGUGAAAAGGCUUGGUCAUGCGUAACACUAGGGGCGGGAGAAACUACAUUGUAGCUUCUCCUGCCGCCGCAAUAACUUGAAAGGAAUAGGGCAAGAGAAAGAGAGGGAGACACCGGGAGACAUGAAAAAGAGCUGUAGAUCAGAGAAAGAACUAAAAGGGCUUGGACUGAGGUCCAGGGUUAUAAGCUAGGCCUCUAUCGUUUCCCGAGACAGAGACCGUAAUUAGUAAGAUUUUUAACCCUUUUUACCACAUAGGGAGAGCAUUAGGGUUAAAUGGUGUUGGUGGUAGUGGUGGUGGUGCUGGUGAUGAUGAUGACGAUGAUGAUAGACAACAAUCGGAUGGUCGACAACAAUUCCUUAUAUCCAGAUAGUGUCCACAUUUGAGCGAUAAAAGUCAAGUUUAAAUAUUUAAUGCUUUCGUAAGCCUAUUUUCAGCUUUGGAGAGUCCACAUCGUUUCUUUUUUGCUUUACUUGGUUAAUCUUGAAAUGGGCAAAUACAAAAUUUGUAAGCCCUCUAAAACAACAUUGUCGAUUUUCGCAGCCAUUUACAAUGUAUCAAGUUCUUUUUAAAGAGCGGUCAUACAAGGAUGUUUGAUGUUAAAGGAGAUAACCAUCAGUCUCCCAAUCAUAAUUUCUUUGUAUCAGGGGCACCCAACGACGGUUUCCUCGUAAAUACACUGAAAACACUUUUUACACAAUUAAGAGUACGUUUAGAUCUCUAAAAAUGCAUUCUAAGCGGCGCUAUAAAAUUUGUAUCUGUUCGGUCAUCGUAGAAGAACUAGAAACUUUUCGAAAUUGUUUUCCCGAAAAUUUUAGAUGCAAUUUUACGUAUUAUGAAAGUGAAAAUUUUUCUGUUCCCUCUCUCCUCGCAUUUUUGAAUUCGAAAAUUGAAGGUUUCCUUUUUUCUACUAAAAAAAGCCUAACCUUGGGGAUGAAAUGUGAGAAAUUAAACUUCAGAAAAUCGUAGGGAAUUUAUUACACCUUCGAAAAUAGUACACGAAUGGAACGGUCAUCAAGAACUUUUUAGCCUUCCUCAAAGCAAUAGAAAAUUCUUCAGUUGGCAAUAUUUGUUUCUCCGAACAGAUAUUUUAAAGAAAACAGUCGUUGGGUGCCCCUGUUUUAUGAAAGGCAUUCGAAAGAACAAAUUAAAGGAUGAAUUGGUGGGAAGGACAGUGGUAGAAAAUUAAUAGUGGUUCAAAAUUUAUGCGCAGACCAAACGACAGUUUACGAAGUCACCAGAUGUAAAAUUUGCAAUUGUACCUCAUCAUUGUCGUGCAAUGUUGACUGAUAUUUAUGAAAAAGCAUUUUUAGUGAAAAUGAAUUACUAUUUGUCUUUCAGGUGCUCCACAUUCCCAUGGUCCUUUGUGCUCGUAGAACAAAGAUUCUCAAAGUCCUUUUAUUGCGCUUUCCCUUUUAGAAAGGACACAAUAAGCGCUUGGGUUCAACAGGGUCAGGGUCCUUUUGUAUAGCUGAACAAUUUCAUUGAUCCUAAAGCACUAGACAGAUAAAAUAUUCAGAAUUAUGGAAAGUGAAUGUGAUGAACUUCCAACAGAGGAGUGGAAUAUCAUCGUAACAGCUACCCUUGGUGCGUCCAUAUCUAUUAUCGCUUGCUCCACCAAUGCGUUAAUACUGACUGCAGUUUAUAAAAAGCCAUCUCUUCACACGGUAACAAACUACUUCGUUGCUGCUUUAGCCCUUAGUGACUUUUUUGUUGGAUUCAUUGCGCUACCACUAUGGAUAACUCGAUCGCUUUUACGAAUAGCAGACGAGGAACACCCGGUCAGUAUGUGGGUUGACUUCAUUCACAUCUUGUCCAUCGCCGUAUCAACAUACUGCUUGUGCGCCGUCAGCGUGGAACGGUAUAUAGGAGUGCUUUAUCCGUUACGUUACGACACCAUCGCUACAGUUUCUAGGUUUAAAUGCGUCGCUGCUAUCAUUUGUGUUGUUUCCAGCUUCAUCGCUAGUCUGCGUUGGAUUGUCCAAGAAGACGAUUUCUGGAUAAUAUCUGUUUGCACAGUAUUCUUAUUUCCCGGAGUUGUUAUCUCUUACUGUUAUUUUUAUAUUUUCAGAGAAGUGCUUCGUCAACAACGAACCAUACGCGCUCAAAGUGGGCCGUUAUUUCCUUCUUACAUGCAGAACAGAAAAGCGUCGAUAACCGUAGGUAUAGUUACCGGCGUGUUUUACUCGACUACGUUACCUGCUCUAGCUUUCUCCAUAGCUGAGGUUUUUUCUCGUACUGCUUCGUGUCAAGAGAAGCAGUCCCUCGAGUCUUGGGGUACAUGGACCCUGUUCUUAAAUUAUUGGAACGCUGCCCUUAACCCUUGGAUCUAUGCUGCCAGGAGAAAAGAAUAUAGAGACGCGCUAAAAACUUUAUUGUUUUGGAAUAAACAAGAAUAAUGUAGAAAGUGGUUUCCCCUUCAUCAGGGCUAACUAUGAUUGCGAUUUAUUCCACCACUAAAACCGAUCUAUAUCCGGUGCGCCAGGAAGCCACAAGUCUAGAGCUUAAAAUGUCAGCAGAUAAACUGUGUCCUUGACAAUGGUCGUUGCAACGAGGAUCUUCCUUUUUACGGUUGUCACCCAUAGUUAAUGUAUAAUUCUUCAUCGAAAUGUUGGAACAAGGGAAGUCUACAACAACGCUCUAAAUAAACCUAAUUAUGAACGGAUGAAAUGGCUGAUGCGUCACCCCGUUGCUGCGGUAGUAGAUCUUAAACCGAUUGACUUACAAAUUUCUUUCAUAGUUUUUAACCCUAGAAUAAAUACAGACUCUGAGAUAGUGUCAUAUUAGCGAUGAACAUACAUAUAUACAGUGUAGCACUAAUUCAUUUCAUGAACACUUUAAGUCCCAACAGUGACCAACAUCAAUUUUCUCCUAACAAUAUCCAUACAAUGUCAAGAGAUUAGGUUAUGAGAAUUAAUAAACUGAUCACCUUAGAAAAAAUGCUUUGAUCUUUUAUCAAAUUCACUCAACUCAUUCUUUAAGGAAAUGUAUAGAGAUCAGUUUGGAGAAUUUGUAUGUGGAUAUUGGGGCUUAAAGAAUUAAUGGGCUGCCAUCUAUUAUGAGGAGUAUACGACAAGCACAUUAACAAUAACUAGCUCGGACCAGCUGUCCUUAAACGGCAAGAUCAGUUUUUAAAAGGAACCAAGAAACUCGAUAGAAGGCAACAAAGCAGCAAUAUAAGCAGCUAUUGAUGCCUUAAGUCCUCAAAAAAACAAACAAACAAACAAACAAACUGGGGCAAUACAAAUGAACAUUAAAACUACUGUCUGCUGUUUUCAAAAUUGUUAUGUUAAUGUGCCAAUUAAAGCAUCAUAUGGUAAUAACUGUUUAAAAUAUAUAUCUAAAGCCGGUUUCAUUUCAAGAUACGGUGAUAUGAAUAUUGACUAGACUAAAAAACAAUGUGCAAAGGAAAACAUAAAAAUAAAAAAAUUAGAAUAAAUGAUUUGGCAAUUAAGUCAGCUCUUUUGGUUGUCUUAGCAACACUUUCAAAGAUGAAUUGUAGAUGGGGGCAUCAACAAAAACGUCGCAAAAUGCAACUUAGCGGAUUUAGCUGUUUUCUUAAAGUAAGGAUAACGCUAACAAAUAUUUAAUUUUUUCUUGCUUCUAUUCAGGUAUAGCCUCCCACGCAAGCGUUUUUAGGGGAGCUCGUAUUUCUUGUGGGGAGGGAAGAAAUACGAGCUCCCGUAAAAACGCCUGCGUGGGAGGCUAAUUCAGGUAUAGGUCAACGAAAAAAGUGUUAAUAAACCACGCUUGUAGCUACUUAUGACUCUUUCUGUCAUUUAUGAAAAACCAUAAAAGCUUAGUGGUCGCUUACGAAGGUCGAACCCCAGGAAAACUCUUCCGAAAGGAGGCCCGAUAUAUACUUAGCGGCGGAGCUGCGAGAAGAUUGGAGGCUAGUCAAAUGGAAGGCAAGCUACAGCAUAUCUGUUCCAUCCAUAUCCUGUUGAACAUAGCCAUUGGCUGGGUGAGGCAACGAACAACGGGAAAUCAGUCGAGAGGCAUACGUUUAGCGGUACAAUAUGGACCCUCUUAACAACACUUGCACCUUGCUGAUGGCCUGGUUCUGGUCUCCUACACCUACCAACACUUUCAGGAGAAGACAUCUCGCCUUAAUACAUACCCUCAGCAGAUAAAGGCCUGAAGAUCAGCCCGCAGAAGAUAGCUAGAGGCGAUGACAUUGAACAUCCCAAAACCCUUACCGGUGCAGGUGAAUGGAGAAGAAUUACCCACGCCUGAGGAGUUUACCUACUUAGGCAUCACUUUUAGAUGUGAUGGAGGAGCAGGCAAUGACGUAAAGAACCGUCUCAGCAAGGCCAUAAAUGCCUUCAGAAUCCUCAACAAUUUUUGGAGGUCCCAGCAGUAAUUUACAUAAACCAAGCUGAAGCUGUACCAGAGCUGUGUACUUUCUCUCUUGUUAUACGGCUCAGAGUGCUAGAGGAUGACUGCCAGUGACCUUAACAAGCUCUCCGUUUUUCACACAAAGAGCCUGGGAUGAAUCCUGAGAAUCUUCUGGCCCAACAACAUCUCAAAGGAACAACUGCUUGCUCGUUGUCGUCAAGACUGAAUGGAGACCAUCAUCAUGAGGAGAAGGUGAAGGUGGACUGGGCACGUGCUUAAUAGGAAAGAACCUGGUAACAUCACCCGCACAGCCCUACACUGGAUACCAGAAGGCAAGCGCAAGAGAGGCAGACCGAAGAACACCUGGCGAUGAACUGAAGAGGAAGAGAUGAAGACCCUAAACCACACCUGGGGUACCAUCGCGAAGCUGGCCCAAAACAGAUAGGAGUAGAGGACCUUUGUUGCUGCACUUCUUUGCACCGGGCAUAGCGAGCAGUAACUAAGUAAGUAUAUCAAAAAUGCAUUUUUCAAUAACUGAGCUCUUAACUUCUCACACGAUGAUUAGUCGAGAUUCUGUGGCCGAUAAGAGAACAGUUAAAGGAAAUUACGUGAUGGUGGCGCAAUUGCUUUUUUUUUCUUUAACGCGCUCGAUUUCCAGUCAAGAAAGUUGGACUUGAAUUUAAUGAAUUGUAAAUGUCUGUCUGUGAUGUCAAGUAACUUGGGAGAUAAUCUUAACUUUGGCAAUGACCUCACUUUUUAGUUCUUUCUUCUGCCGAGCCCAAAACACGCAUGCCCAAACAAAAAGGUUAGGGCUGUGUAAAAAGGACCAAAGUCUUGCAAAGGAGUGCCAUAAGGUCAAGAAUGUCGAAACCAAAGCAAUAAUAAUCGUGUUGUGGCAGACAUAUUUCAAUUGUUAUCUUGGGAGAAACUGUCAGCUGAAAAGAGGUACUGAACAGGGAAAUGAAAUCAAAGAGGGGCGUUCAGUGAACUGAACAAAAUCUGGGGAACUCUUUUAAGGGUUUGAGAGAAGACCCAUCAAGGUUAAUAAGGCUAGUGCUGGUCAACCUUGGCGCAUGAAUAAGGCUGGACACCAUCUAGCAAACAAUGUUGUUAUGUUAAUUUAUGAUAUUUUGCGGACUAAUGGGAGUUAUCAAUGAAUAAAUAAGAAGGAAGGCAAAACAGGACUUAUUGUGAUCAGCACACAAGCCACAUAGGAGACGAUGAAAGUGGCUUGGUCUUGUGUCCCCCCAGGAGAAGGAAGUUCUUCCUACUACCGCAAUACCUUCAAAAUUAGAAGGCAAGAGAAAGAGAGGGGGACACCGGGAGCAAUGAAAACGAGCAGUAGAUCAGAGAAAGAACCAUAAUUAAAGCCUAUGUUCGCAUCAUCAACUUUGGACAGUCCACAACGUUUCUUUUUUGCUUUACUUGGUUAAUCUUGAAACCGGCAACUACAAAAUUUGUGAGCCCUAUAAAACAUCAUUGCCGCGAUUUCAGUUUUGCAGCCAUUAUUUACAAUAUACCAAGAUCUGUUUGAAGAGCGACUGUAUGCUCAGAAAUUGGAAAAUGAACUGAAAUAGAAAACGACGAUUGAUUAUUCCCUUCGUGUUUCAUCAUAAAACGAAAGUGCAUCGACACUUACCAACUUAACUGAGGUCUUUGAGAGUCGUAUAUGAUAUUUGAAGGUGGGGCCUAACCUGUUUUGAGAAUUUUUUCUACCAAGAAACUUAAAAUGCUUUAUAGGAAAUGAAUGAGGCUCAGAAUGAGAAUUGCAUGAGGAGCGAAUACUUUCAAAGACGUCUGUUGAAUGAAAAGACUUCGGGUAUGGAUGACCACAGUGCAUUUUGCACCUGUCAUCUUAAUUGUUUGCUUUAUUUGAAGUGGAAAAAGCUGGCCAAUUUAUUUCUACAAAACACAGUUCAGAAAAGUAACCACGUACAGGUAAAUGAGAUUGAUAAAAAUUGCUUGAAGAAUUACAAUUUCCACUGAUAUUGGUCAGCAAGAAUCUUUUGCAUGACAACGGUACGCUCUGUACCUGUCGAAAUAUCUGGAUUAUUUGAACUAGAAUAUCAGCAGGGUCUUAAUAUCUUGAACGACAGAUAGUUUUAAGGUAAUUCCCUUGUUUUGCACUGCGCACCCUCUACUGUGCAUAACAUUGCCACAUCCAAGAUGGCGGCGGUUCUUCCCACUAGGGCGAAAAGAACAAACAAGGGUCUCUUUUGCAGAGCUAAAGCUUUUAUUCGCAAUAAUAAUGCCGCAGAUCGGCUGACAGCUUGCUGGUUUGCUAUCGAAAAACAAGAAAAUGAAAGAAAAGUGCGUGUUCCCGAAUACUCUUUUCACGUUUUCUGUGUUGGCGAUAUCAAACACAUAAAAAGAACCGAAAACAAGCUUGAUCUCAAGGGCAUACUUCGAACACGAUGGGCGUUAUUUUGUAUCUCGCCCCAGUCCCCUCCGCGCAAAUUAUCCAUCCUGAUUGCGAUCUCAGAACCGUCUACCUUUCACAGCAGUUUAUGAGGAAACAAACACGGUGACCCCAAAUUGUUUCCCAGGUAUUUGUUAAGAACAGUCUAAUAAAGAACAUAUUUGAAGAAGAAAGAAAACGUUUUAUAGUAGAACAUGAUUUUGUGGCGAAAAUAGUUUCGUAUUUGGUGUAUUUGGGUCAAGGGGAGGACUUCAAGCUAACCACGGAACUGACCUAAAAGGUGCAAUAUCCUCACAACCAAGCAAUCGAAAACGAAUUAAAUGAAGCAAUAUUGCUUAUUUGAACAAUAAGAAGAUUUACGUUCAAGAUAAAAUUUUGUGUGUUUCAAGUAACAAAGACUUAAUUCUGUAAGAAGAGGUAUUCGAAUUUUUAACGCGCAAGCAGUAAAAAUACCCCAGUUUAAGAGCCUGCUGACGCGUAAACAAACACUGUGACCCCAUCUUUUUAUUGCAUUUUUUCAAUUUUCAAAUCAUGAAUGUUGAUUAUGCCAAGUUUCAAAAAAAGUUUGAUGGUAGAACAAUUUCAAGGAAAUUACCUUAAGUUGUAAAGCUCCUAUGAUAGUGCUACAGACGGACCACCGACGAAGUCGGAUUUAAAGGGAGGAUAGGGACUCAUAGUUUCGAUUGAUGUUGUGAUAGUGACCGUGCAUAUUGCAAUAUAAAUCGUCGCGGUGUGAAUUUUGAUCGGCAAUUUUUUAGAAAGAGGGGCGUUGGAAUACAUGUAGUUUUUUUUCGAAAACUCUGUUCCUUACAGGCCCGGCGCCUAGUUACUAAUAAAGAUACGUAUCCACAGAAAAACUGGAAAUUAAGGAAGGCGAGGAAGAACACCAAAAAGCCUUAAAUUAAUUUCGCUGAUGUUAAAAGACCUGACUUGUUGACAUAACUUAAGUGCAUCAUGCUCACACCCGGCAUUUGUCAGAGUGGCUUUAUAAAUUGAAUCAAAAUUGUAAAUUUUUCAGAUCGUCCUGAGGUGCUGGGAUACCAGUUACUUAGAAUCAACUUCGUAAUGGCGAGCGACCUUUGCCAUGAACUUCCGACAGCGAGCUGGAACGUUAUUUUAACGGUAAUUUUUGGCUUGUUAAUUUCUGUUAUCGCUUGCACCACAAAUGCGUUAACACUGAUGGCAGUUUAUAAGAAACAAUCGCUUCAUACCGUUACAAACUACUUCGUCGCUGCUUUAGCCCUUAGUGACUUCUUUGUGGGGUUCUUUGCGCUGCCAUUAUGGGUCGUUCGAUCUCUGUUACACCUAGGGGACGAGGAACAUCCGCUCAGUGUUUGUGUAGAUUGCGUCUACGUUUUGUCUGUCGCCGUAUCAACAUACAACUUGUGCGCCGUCAGCUUGGAACGGUAUAUAGGAGUGCUUUAUCCUUUACGCUAUAACACCAUUGUAACAGUUUUUCGAUUUAAAUGCGUCGCUGCUAUGAUUUGUGCUGUUUCAAGCUUCAUGGCUAGUCUACGAUUGAUUAUCCUCGAAGACGAUUUUUGGAUUACAACUGUUUGUACAGUAUUCAUAUUUCCCGGAGUUGUCAUCUCUUACUGUUACUUUUAUAUUUUCAAAGAAGUGCUUCGUCAGCAACGAACUAUACGCGAGUAAGGCGUGCCAGUAAUUGCUUCUUAUACGCAAAAUAGGAAAGCGGCGAUAACCGUAGCUAUUGUCACAAGCGUGUUUUACUUGACUACAUUUCCUGCUUUGGCUUUCUCCAUUGUUGAGGUGUCGGAUAAACAUACUUCAUGUGAAGAGAAUCAGUCGUCUGAAUCUUGGGGUACAUGGGCGCUUUUUCUCACUUUCUCGAACGCUGCACUUAAUCCGUGGAUUUACGCCGCAAGGAAAAAGGAAUUUAGAGAUGCAUUAAAGGGGAUAAUGUUUUGGAAGCAACAAGAAUAGAAUUUGGGCGGUCCGGGCAAAGAUUAACAAAUCGAUCAUUCCUAAUUUCCAAACCAACGCAGCUUUCGUUACUCUUCUAAAUUGAACGGCAGUCGUUUAUCUUUGCCAGUGGACAUUUAUUAACAAAUCAGAACUUUAAAAUACUUAUAUGUGAAAAGGACAGAUACAUUUUAGCUUUUUUUAGUAACAUCAGUGAAAACAAAACCGCUGCAACGUUAGUUGUAACUUAGAAAUGAACUACAAGUAUAUGUGAUGAAAUUGCGAAUAACUAUGACCAGUUUUAUUGUUGUUCUUGUGGCUGAUUUCGCUAGCCAAGAUAGGUUGCUUUGCUACGGAUUAGGUAGUAAUAUCAUAAACGUUUUAAACAGCCUUAUACAAGACAGCAAAUUACAACCAAACUUGUGGCAUUAGUCCUAGGUCAUUUUUGCGACUACAGUCGACUCCCGCGAUAACUCGAACCUUCAAGGGAAAUCGAAAAAAGGUUCGAGUUAUCGAGAGUUCGAGUUAUCGGGAGUUCGAUGAAAAUAGCCGAGAGUAACGUAAAAAGCAGUUUUUACUGCACAGUGAAUAUUUUAAUCACAGUUAAUUGCAGAAAUGUCAAGUGAAAAUUAAUAGAUACUUCUAGAUUAUAAAUCAGAACCUAACGUAACAAAACAUAGCCUAAAUAGAGCAUGCGUUUUACUGUUUUGAGAAGAAAAGCAGCUUCACGUUAGCCUGUGAAAAUCAACAUCAGCCUCCACUAGUAAACUAUACUCCUACAACACGUCAAUAGAAAAUCCAAAAUUCAAUGUUUCGGACGCCUGUAGACGGCCUUUUUCCCGACUUUUUAAGGGCUCAAAACAUGGUUCGAGUUAUCGAGGGUAAGAUUAUAUAGAAAAUGACCUGAGGGGAAACGAAAAUUGGUUCGAGUUAGCGGGAGUUCGAGUUAUCGAGGGUUCGAGUUACCGAGGGUAAAAUUACAGUGAAUGUAUGACCAUCAUGGCCUUUUAAAUACCAUAGGUUUUUUUUUAAUAUAUCGCCGGCUAAGUGAGCCUCAACAUCUGUAUCCAAUAGGCAAUACAUACUGCUGUAUAAUUUGCAAUUGAAUGACGGUUUUUAAGUUUAUUUUCAGCUGGUUUUUCUAUUGUGUAAACUUCGCUGUGGGUAUAAGGGCAAUAGACUCAGUGAGAUCUUGAAAAUAAAAAAAAACCGUUUGUUCCUAUGGAUCACGUGCAAGCUUUUCUUUUGUGUCCUUCUCCUUUGUUUACUCUCGACGGUUUUUAUCGAUAUCAUCAAGAAAAAAAAAAACAUAUUUAAACACUUGCCCAAAUGUUAUGGUCGGCUUCACCAAACGAAACAGAUUUUGCCUAACACAUAAGGGAGGAACUGACACAAAAUCCGCAAUGCACUUUCUUUAUGAGGCUCAAUCUUUACGGUACGGAAUAAAUUAAUAAGGAAUAUUUCUAUAAUUUCUCUGGCGGUAAUAAAACCCCGUGCUUCCUGAUUGGUCAAAGUUUACCUCAUAUCCUACCACUAUAGAGCGUUUUCACAUGACGUCUUAGCGGCCAUGCAUAUUGGUGUUCUAAAACAAUGAAACUGCAGCCAUGUUGGUGUCUCAAACCAAUCCUGUGAGAGUUGAACUCUGUUUGUGUGUACAACGCUUUCUUUAUGUUCCAAUAAAUUUGCACAUGCAGAUGCUGGCCACGUGAGUGAAAACGCUCUACAAUACAAGGGAAUGAUGCUCACUCUCUCAACCGAGUUAACUUCAGCGACUGUUCAUUUGUGGAAAAAGUUGACCCCUUUGCACUUCCUUCAUGCCGGAGCCAACAGCCCUCGAGCAUGCUCUGAUUUUCUAAAACGGCGCUCACGCAUCGUCUCUGAUUGCCUCGCCUUCAGACUAGGCUCGGUUACCAGUCGCUGUUCGGAAAUGAGCCCACGCUCCUCCCCCGAACAGAAGGCUGGACCGGGGUAUGAGUUUGUUACUGUCAAAUUUAACUUGAACUUGAACUUUAUUCAAUUCGUUGCAUGUUAUCAGUUAAUAUGUACAUAAAAAUAUAAAAUACGUUAGAUAAAGAAAAACAAAGUAAAAUACAGUAAAUAAUGCAACCGGAGCAGGAGACAGUACAAUGUCCCAGUUGAUAUCUUGUCCCAAGAACCAGAUGGAAUACCGCAAAUAACAGACCCCUCCCCAAUCUUAAGCGCUCUUUACCCCUCUCCCCAUAAACAGAAACAUAAGUAUCACCCUAUACCCCACUGGUUGAAAAGACAUAAGAUAGAGUAUUGCGAGUGUAAAUAUCUUAAAUCCUUUUCUUUAAACUAGAAGGCGACUGAUUCGUGCUUUUGAUGUCUACAGGUAGCUUGUUCCAAGUAGCUAUCGAUCGAUAACAAAAUGAGUGUUUUAAAUAGUUUUGUUUUGCAUAAGGUAUAUGGUAGUUGAAUUUAAUUUGGAUGCAUUGCGCGUGCGAUAGUGUAUUUCUGUGUGCCGGAAGAUGUCUUGAUGGCCGAGAUCUACGUGGCCUGCUUUGGCUUUAAAGAUGAGGAUACUUUCUAUACUCCAGUGGCAAUAAAUUAAGUUUGAGUAACCGAUCCUUAUAAAACAUCUCUCUUCGUUAAUUCAAAUUAACCUUAGUAGCUCUGCGCUGGACAUUUUCUAGCAAAGUUUUGUCCUUAGAAGUGUAAGGAGACCAAAGUUCACUACUUUGGAUCGAACAAUUGAACAGUAUAAAAGUUUCCUGCUGUCAGUGAGUGUUACCGUGUCUCUGCAGAUUCGACGAAUAAGGUCAAGAGUACGGUUUGCGCUCAGGGAGAUCUGAUUUGCAUGUUGAGAUCACUGAAGGUUGUCCUUAAUGGUUAUGCCCUAGUCGAUGGUUUCGCUAGCUGUGGUUGUUAGUGACGUCCCAUCUAGGUGGUAUUCUCUGUUUGACGGCGAUUUUCUUCCUGGAGAUAUUCAGGAUCUUUCUCCUUGGUAUGCUGAGACUCAUUACCCAGGUGUGACUCCAGUUAACUGGCGAGCUGAGUCAAUUUUUGUUGGAGAAAGAUCAGUGUUAUAAGUAGGCUUUGAAAUGAUCUUUUAUAAUAGGCCACUUCCGCGAGUUCCAAAAACCCUCACUUUCAAAAUGAGGCUAGGUGCAUAACCUUUCUUGUGAAAACGAGUUUUAUUUGCAUGAGAAUGAAAAAUGAUUUCUAUAUCAAAGGCUUAGCACCUACCCUCGUUUUGAAACAGAGGCCCGGGGGAACUCGGAAAUGACCUAUUUGGAGUCGUCAGCAAAAAUUGCUAAUUUACGGCCUGUUAAUUUCAAUCUGUUAUCGCUUGCACCACAAAUACGUUAACACUGAUAGCAGUUUACAAGAAGCAAUCGCUUCAUACCGUUUACGUUACAGACCACUUCGUCGCUGCUUUUGUUCGAGGUUAGUCAAGCCACUGUUUUUCGGACUUAAAGAUACUGGCUUCAAAGCGGCACCAAAUUCAAGUUGCAUAAAAUGACGUUACUCUAGUAGGCCAAGUUUUUAUAAGCAUGAUCCAAAAUGACGGCUCAAAAUGCAUUAUUGUACCCUUUGGAGGAGUCUUUGAAGGCUCAGAGAGCUGUCAACAAUUGACAUUAUCAUUUUGUUCAAUAUUUAGGGUUAUAUAUUAAAUACUUUCGUCCGAGGGUAAUAGCGCACCCUUAGCCUAAGAAAACAGCCGACAUUUCGCGACGCCACUACCUUACCUAUUCCUAGCGAAAUGACGUCUGUAACGAGUGCUGAAAUUCCAUACUGAUGGUCUUGAUGACGUAUCACUACCCAGAUCUGGGUAGAGCUUCUGAUUAAUAGAGGCAAUUGAAGUUUUAGCCAGUCAGUCAGACUACCCAGAUUUGGGUAGUGUCACGUCACAGUAUGGAACUUCUUGGCUCGUUUCUUAGACGUCAUUCGUGGGGAAACAAGAGGUGGUGUCGCAAAAUGUCGGCUGUUUUUUCAGGCUACGCCUAAAUACUAGGGAGUUUGAAAUGACACGGCGGCGACGGCAACGAGAACGUCAAAAGAGCAAUAGGCUGAAUAGGCAAAACAACAACUCUGCAGGUGCAGCACACUCUUUUUGUACACUUCUGUGUGGUCAUGGAACGACUACGAUGUGAAAUUGCCUAGCUCUACGUUUUACGGAGCACGUGAACAAGCGACAAAAAAAGUUUCCUUCUCUUUCUAAACUUGCGUAUAAUUGUUAAGAAUUCGCGCCCAACUCCAGACGUUUCACUUGCAUUUGACGAAGUAAGCGAGUAACCACAAACAUGAAAUCGAUCAAAACCCACAGUGAACCAUCUCCGGCAAAAAGCUGGUCUACUUUAACCGAACCUGAACGUGCAGCACACUUUUUGGUAGAGUUCUUUAUCUAAGGUCACGUGAACAUGAUUCCUAGUUUCACGUUCAAUGGAAGACGUUCACCCAAAGAACUAUUUCUUUUUUAUUUCUUGUUUCUUUUUUCUUUUUUCUGAACUUGAAUACGGUCAUUGAACAGUCAACUCACAGUAGAAAGUUUGCAAACAUUAAGUUCGACAAAUUGAAGGUGGUAGGAAUUAAGAGAUAAAUUUUGAAACAGCUCAAAUUCACAUUUUUAACUCGACUUUUCCACUGUCGCUGAAGGCUCCAUCCCGCACGAAUCCGGGUAUUUUUGAAACCGUAUAUCGACACGCAACGGCCGCGGACGAAUGAGCGGAUUCGGUCGUUUCGUGUGGACGGUGGGACGAAUCGUGAAAAAAAUAGUAUGCAUUUCCAAAUUAAAAACAUUCUCAUUCUUGUGGACGUGAUUAGUAGCUAGCCUUUCAAAAUUAUAUUUUUCCUUGCUCAUUUGGUCCAGAAGGGUAAGUUUAAUUUUCUUAGUCUUUUGUAUUAUUUCUUAUUAUUACUUCCCAAGUCUUGAGACUGUCGUUCUUAACAAUAACAGUUAAAGACUGUAGGCGAUUCGAUGUUCUUUUUUAUCCCUGGCCCUCAAUUUCACGAUUCAGUAAUUAUGACUGAACUUCCUCGAAAGUUGCAUGUUAAUUACGUGCUACAAAGAUGCAUGCAGGUGGCCUUAUAUACAGGCAAGCAGGUCAUUAAAACUGGUGAUUUACGUUGUCAAAUAGAAAUAAAAAGGUAAGAGAUAUCUGACAUUGUAUAGAAUAGAAAGCUGAAAACAAUUUAUUAUGAAUUUCCUGAUAGGCUCCAAUUUAAUAAACUAUUGGACACUCACUUUUUGCAUUGCGAUUUUUUGCGAGGCUGAUGCCCUGUGAAUUUGAAUAUUUAUAGGAAAUUCAUUCACCAUUCAGUAAUUAUCACUGAACUUUCUCGAAAGUUGCAUGUUGAUUACGUGCUACAAAGAUGCAUGCAGGUGGCCUUAUAUACAGGCAAGCAGGUCAUUAAAACUGGUGAUUUACGUUGUCAAAUAGAAAUAAAAAGGUAAGAGAUAUCUGACAUUGUAUAGAAUAGAAAGCUGAAAACAAUUUAUUAUGAAUUUCCUGAUAGGCUCCAAUUUAAUAAACUAUUGGACACUCACUUUUUGCAUUGCGAUUUUUUGCGAGGCUGAUGCCCUGUGAAUUUGAAUAUUUAUAGGAAAUUCAUUCACCAUUCAGUAAUUAUCACUGAACUUUCUCGAAAGUUGCAUGUCGAUUACGUGCUACAAAGAUGCAUGCAGGUGGCCUUAUAUACAGGCAAGCAGGUCAUUAAAACUGGUGAUUUACGUUGUCAAAUAGAAAUAAAAAGGUAAGAAAUAUCUGACAUUGUAGAAUAGAAAGCUGAAAACAAUUUAUUAUGAAUUUCCUGAUAAGCUCCAAUUUAAUAAACUAUCGGACACUCACUUUUUGCAUUGCGAUUUUUUGCGAGGCUGGUACCCUGUGAAUUUGAAUAUUUAUAGGAAAUUCGUGUCUAGUUGGUAUUGAAUUUUUGUGUUUUUUUUGGGGGGGGGGUGGGGGUAAAACAGUCUGUUACUACUUUGUGUGUAGAACGAGACACUCCGGAAAAACCAGCCUGUAAUCCAAUUUUUAUUGCGCUUUUUUAAUCAGAAAGGAGACGCACAUUGCGCAUAUAUCAUUUAAGCGCAUCAUUUAACCAGAUAAAAGGUACUAAGAAUUUUAAAAGAGUUUCACUAGUAUGCGUGGGGUUAAUUGAACCCCCAUUAAGCGGCCACCCUUGGGGUACCAGCAAGUGGUGGUUUAAUAGAGGUUGAUCGUCCGAUAGCAAUCACCUAUUAUCACAGUAGAUUAGGCGUGGAAAACAAAUUUUUCCCAAACAUGCCUUUAUUUCAUAAAGGUUAAUUGGACUUUCCCCGAAUAUAAUUUUAUGCUUUAAAGGCCCCAGACACCAUAGUCCUCGGUGGCAGCCAAUCUACACGUUAUAACCGACUUAUCUGUUUUAUCUCUCUGUCUAAAGGAAAGGCCAAACCAACUUUGAACAGAGAAAGAAUCUUUAUAGCGGCUGUAUUUUAUGUCGUGGCAGCAUUGAAAGAACACAGAAAGCUUAAAACUUUAAAGUACAUCAAGUUUGUUUCAAACUUGAAGAGGCAGAUGCUGCAUAAGUUUAACGUGCGCAUGAAUUCACGCGUCAAAACUUUGACCAACCUGAGGCAAGAUUUUAACUCUGGAGCGUGACCGUGACUAAAAACGUGACCAGAGUAAAGGCACAUCCUAAAAAUUAUUACUCAAUGUUUUUUGUCGUAAAUCAAACAAACGAAAUUCAAGGUCUACAGUAGAAAAACUCCAUUGGCUGCCAUUGGAUAGAUUACCAUAUUCUCUUAUCUAUAAGGCUCCGCUCGGGCGCGCUUCGCGCGCUAGGAGCUCCGCUAUUAAGAACGGGCAUUCUUCUCAUUAGGCGGGCAUAAGCGUCAGUAAGUCGCACUCCGGGUGUUUUUGCCCGCGUUUUUGUGCAACGAACCUCCUGCAAGUGAAUGUCUCUCCUCAGCGGACACCAUAGGCUCCCGUGUGUGUGUAACGUCAGUCUCACUUUUUUAAAAUGGAUUAAUCCGUGAUUACUUAUCCUUUAUCUUUGUUUUUGCAGUCCAUUCCAAGUAAAGGUGACGUGUAAGGACGGGGAUUCAUGAACUUUCGAGCCAAGUUAUUUAUUGAGUUGUGUCUCUGCCGCUGAAACUUGCAAAUUAUUUUCGUUUAGCGUGCUCUGUUUGUGUCUCAUGUCCAUAUAUCCGUAAACUAAGCAUCUCAAAUAAACAAAAAACACGCUUUCUUUAUUUUGUCAAGCAAUUUAUUGGACGAUUUAUGCGAUUAAAAACCGGUUUACGUUGCAUUAAAGAAGAAAAUUAAAACGGACAUAUUUAUGACCUUUCUCGUUAAAAUGAAGAUUUUGAACACUGAGCCAAAAAAAAAAUUAAAAGCAAAAAAGACAUUUUAUCUUAAUACUAAGUCUUUUACAACGAACAGUCGGUGAAUCUAAUUCAAAGGUGCCCCUGAAGACGAAACAUUUCAAAUAAUAUAAUUUUUAUAAAGGCACAAUAAGAACAAACGUAGUUAAGUAAUUUCGUCAACCAAUGACAGCAAUGGUUACGUUAAUGUUUAAAAUCCCAGCAAUUUAAGUGACAUCUUUCACGAUUUUAAUAAAAUGUUAGCAAAUAUGAUUUUUGGAAUGACGUUUAUUUUAGUCUCCAAUUACCUGUGUACACUUUGCCAGUCACGAAUCGAAUACUUCGAAGCAGCUUCAUGGAUAAAAACAUGCAGGUCAGUUUUUUUUUUCUCUGACAUAGCAUUCAUAACUGUUAUUUUCCCAUGAAAUUUCUUUACAGAUUGCUUUCAUUUCUUCUCAUUAAGACGUUUUUACAGAAUUGUAUGCUUUUAGACCGUUGUCACUUUGUUUACCAACUACAUGAAGGGCGAAAAGGCACUGGUGGGUUGCUGCUUCCUUGCAAAUCAAGUUUGGAGGAAAUUGUUUCUUCGGUGUUUAAACAAACAUCACUACAUUUUUACCCGGCCUGCAAUACAAAAAUGUCGCCAUACGGUUUUAUGUAUCCUAAAAGAUAAAUAUCAUCAGUAGCCUGCUGAUCAUGACAAGGUCACUUUUUGAGUUGCUAUGAGAACAGAAAUAAUAUGCAUAUACCACGCACAGACAUUUGUUAUUGACUGCCUGAUAUUUCAGUGACUACCAUUUGCAAAUUGCUAGAAGAGAAUAAAAAGACUUUUCUGCGAGAAAUUGUCUAAAAACGGAGCAUUUAAAGAACUGCCAGCCGCCCUUGAAACCAUUAUGCGGUCUUUAUGAAAAGCAUUCAAGUUUUACUUUUCAAUCCUCGAUGAUUUGCGCACCAAAUAAAAAUACUCUGGAGCAAAACAUACAAAAAAACUGAAGAGCCACAGGUAUAUCAUAUUCAUAAAGUGUCGUCUUCCAGCGAGCGAAAUGGAAACCCAUUAUUAGAGUACGCAUCAAUUACAGAAUGACCCUUUGGUAAAGAGCCACGAAGUCGACAUAUAGUAUUGCUUUUUGUCUCUAUAACGUCGCGAUUGACAAAAUGAUUGUUUACGUUGGCCCGACAGGUGCAUUUGUAGCAGUUAUUUAUUUACCAGCUAAUUAAAUGUGCCAAAAAGGCAGUAUCUUACGAGCGACAAAAUGAGUUGCUUUGCGGUUUUACUAUGCACUGUGAAACGAUACCGAAUAGAAUAGCCACAUUAGGCAAAUUCCUGAUCAGUAAAGACUAAGAGGGUUUGCAAAUUGGUAAGUGAAUUUGCAUUAACGAAACUUCGAGAGGAGAACUUUGGAGGACGUUUCUUAAGCAACAAAGUACAGUCAAACGUAAUCUGAACGUUCUCCUGGUUGCCUGAGUGAUUUAUCCGAAGAAAGCGAUCGCGAAGCGGACAACGUCUCGACCCGUUCCUCCUCAGGAAGGAAAGGACUACUUUCAGAGGGUAACAUGAUGCAUUUAGCAGUGGUAAUCAUCGCUUGGUUUCUCACGGUAGUUUGUAUUCUUGGAAACGGAGCAGUCAUAUUGAUUAUUACCAGAACACCAACCCUUCGAUCCACCGCUGGAGGUGUCUUUGUCUUGUCUCUAGCUGUAGCUGACUUUGGAGUCGGUCUGUUGUACUUCCCAGUGACAUACAUUUGCGAAAACUUUUCCUGUAAUGUUUACGCUGAGCGCAUAUUCAUUACAUUUUCGUCCUUUUGCUUGUACGCCACUCGUUUCAGUCUUUUUGCUUUGACGGUGGACAGAUAUGCUUCAAUCGAGUUCCCUCUGCGGUACACUAUGUUUAUUACAAAAAAACGCAUCUGCUUCGUUGCGGUUGCAGCUUGGCUCGUUGCAUUAGUGGCUACGUUCUCAGAUUCGAUUCCCUUGAUUGCUACAGAAAUUCAAGUCCAUGUUGAACGUUAUCUCGCUUGGAUUAUCUUGCACACCGUGGUUUUGAGCUUAAUCCCCAGUAUAAUACUCUUCGCCACCACAGUCCGUUUGAUGCUUGUCGUUAGAAGACUUCGGCGACAAACUUCUGCGAUAAUCGCUCAGCUAUCGUUCAACAAAAUGUCUUGCGAUGUGACAGUCAAUCGACGCAGCCGGGAAUUUGAUUACGCUAAAGUGGUUGCGGUUUUGGUCAGUAUAUUCGCUGCAGUAUUUUUAACAGAAAUGACUGCGAACAUAUGCCUUUUAUUUCAGAUAUCACAGUGUAACAGUGACCAUUUUGAUAGCGGCAUCUACAUUUUAAAUCUAAUAAACUCUUCCGCGAACCCUUUCGUCUACGUGCUGUUAAAGAAAGAUAUUAGAAGUGAAUUCCAAAAGGCCCUUCUUCAUCGGCGGUCCACAAUAGCUCCUCAAGCUUCAACCAAUGUCUCUUAUUUACAAGGUUAAGUUGAAUCUGAAUUUGCUGUCGAAACCACGGUUACUGUUAUUACAAGAUUACAAGAAAGUAGCAAUGAAGAUAUAACAUGAUCAAAGCUUGGUGUAUUUAUUGGGCCUUAACGGAGAAACUAAUAUGGCUCAACUUAAACUAACACGGCAACGAAUCGUUCGUGAAAACAUUGUCAAUUGAAAGGGGAAAAUACUAUCAUGCCCAUAUUUUCUGACAGAACCGCUGUAUUCAGUUACCAAAGUAUACGAAAGUUCAGACCUUUCAUUAAUUUACUUAGAUCGAUGUGUCAUUUAACACCGCUACCUGCCUCUGUUCAAUAACCCGGUUGCAGUUUACGGAGAAGAAUUUAUCUAACUUAUUUGCGGCGCAAUCGAGACUGUUAAAUCAGGUUUUAGAUAAAAGGAAGGUUUCACAAGUCAACCUGGAAAUGGGAUUAUGGGCAUUUUAUUUCGCAACAUACAAUGUAACCAUGAAGUAAAAAAAAAUCAGAAAAACAAAAAUAUAAGUCGAAACUAAAACUAUAAAUAAUACGAAAAAGGUGGUUAAAACAGAAGUGAAGUCGGAAAGUAAAAAGAAAUUAUAAUUCAAGAUGAAAAGCUCCCAAAUGAAAGUGCAUAUUAAGUAGAAAAAUGUCAACCAAAAAUUAAGAAGCCAAACGACAUCUGAAUAUGUUCACAUCAUUAGCGCGUCGUGCUAGUGAUCACAUAAUUAUAAAUUCAUGAAUCCAUUUCUUCAGAACUGUUUGGAUCAUUUUACUUGUGUCACACUAGCACUUCUAACAGACAUUGUUGAAAAAGAAACGUCAAGUACAUUGUUAUGUGCUUAAAUGGGAAAAAAGUUAUGGAACACUUAAAUGAAGCGAAACUGUAAGCGAAGUAGCUUAUAAUGUUCUAUUUAUAUGCAACUAAUGUAUAAAGCAGUGUAGCUUUUAAUAGACCUAUUCGGCUAACUCAAUGUUGUACCCAAUUCAAACCCUUUGGGAAUAAAACGUUUUGUUUCAGGAAUUUCCAUAUCAUUUAAAUGUGAAUGCCACAUUAUAAUGCAAAUACAAUACACAAAGAAUCUUAUCCCCGGGAGAUUUGAAUUGGGUACAACAUUGAGUUAGCCGAAUAGGUCUAUUGAAUUGCACUCAGCAAUUAAAUCUGCAACACUGACAAGAUAUGCAUGUUUUGUUUUCCCUUUUACUUAUCGAGUGAGCAAUUAAUUAUAAGACCAUUAUUACUACAUUAUCAUUCAUCCUCAGACCGGUUUCAGCGACGCGUUUAAUGAAAUUUCUGAUAACUUUUCUGGUAGCGUAUGCUUGCAUCAAUAUGAUUGGGCUGAGUUAUAAAUUCAUGAAUCCUGGCGGUGAUAUUGUGGUAUUGGUGGACCUUUGUAACUGUCCACCAAUAUGGCGUCUCUAUACAAAGCUCUACAAAGGUGCGUGAAAUGUUUCGGCAAAUAACUCAGAAACUGUGGGCCACCAAGACCUGAGAUUUGGGCAAAUUGUUUCAGUAUAUUAGUCUUUUAUAACAUUUCGUUUUUUUGGCUUCUUCCACCAGACGGUUUCAAAUUUAUUUUGUUGUGCCGUGUUAAUUGCGUGACAGUGAAAACGAAGAAGAAAAGCUGGUGAUGUUCCAACAAUUUUUAAACGUGGGUUACCAGUGACUAAAAGCUAAGGCGGGAAACGGAUACCGCUGCAACCUCUCAGGAUACUCACGGAUAAAGACAAAUCACCAAAAAAUUAAAUUAAUUUCUUAUGCUUUAUAUGGCGAAUACAUGUUAAUUCUGUGUAGUCGGUGUUCUCAUUACUCGUCUGCAAGGCGAAAUCCGUUGAACACAAAGUCAUGUUCAUUGCCUGGGUGAGGGAUCUGAGCCGCAACUGGCAGCAAACGGCGCAAGAGGGAUCGCGCAAGAUGGCAGGACAAGGCGAACUUUUCAUGGCUAAAAUGCCUGGAAACACCUCGCCAGUUGCCUUUGUUUACAUCGAUACCAGGCCAUCUGAAGAACCCAGCGAACAAACGGCUUGGAAUCCCGGGGUGUUGCGUUAUGCCAAAAGGAGCAUAACUAAUUCUUCUGUCUCAACCGCGUCGUUGUUUUUAGUGACCAAGAACAUACAGUCAAACUCUGAGCAGCAGACACUUUUGAAAUCGACUCAGGUGUUGACAAAAUCCACAUUUACAUCUACAAUCGUGACGUUAGUCACUUUUUCUUAGGUGUACAACCUGUAUAAAGCAUACGUUCCUAACACAAUUUUCUGAAUUUCCCGGGAAAAUUGCCUUGUACGUACCUUGCGAGCAGGGUCUCCUUCGAUCUUCCUAGAUGAGGAAGAUCGAAGGAGACUCUGCUCGCAGGGUACCUUGUACGCAGACGGCUCACAUAGUUAUUACACGGCUUUAGAUCGAAAUAAUGCUCAAAGAAAACAUUGCCACUCCAUCAGAGGAGUAAUUAACAGCUAGAAUUAUUUUAUUUUAUCGAAAGUGUAAUCAUGCCGUCGAUCAGUAAUGAACAGAAUUUGCGAUGCAGCAUAUUUGCUUUAAUGCCGAUCUGUGUAGUGUAAUCGCUCGUGUUGCAGAAAUUUCGCUUUUCUCUGACGAUUUUCCGGCUUUAACUUUUGCUUUUCGAUUGUUUUUUGUCAUUUUCCCGUAAUAAUAGUGGAAAUACUAUCUUUUGAUCAAAAGUUGCUAUUAGGUAUAGAGUAUCCCUGUAAAUUAGACAUAGACAGCUUUAUGGAUUAAAUAUUAUAAUUAAGUUCAUGUGAUGAAUCAUGUGAUGAAUAAAACCGAGGCUUGCAAGCCUUCCUAUUCUCUGCUUUCACUGGUUGUUUAUCUUUUAUAAAAAAAAAAAUUCCAGAAAUUUUGGUUGGGAAUUUUCGGUCGGUAAGAACGGUACUUGUCGUUUACCAUUUGCCUAAAAUUUCCCGGAUUGACGCGCCGCGCUAGACUGGAUUCUAGUUACAACAUAAAACUAGUAAGUACGAAACUCAAGAAACUUGUAAAUGGUAAACAAUUUCCAUUUGAAACGUAACAAUCGGGAAAACGGGACUACCUUUUCAGAAUUUCCGUUUGUUCCGGGAAUUUUCAAGUGAGACGAACCAAAAAAUCGUUUACCAGAAAAUUUCCGAGAAUUUGUGGUAAAUGGUAAACAACCACUGUCACGUCAUCAGAAAUAAAAAGUGUAAACAAUUUAACACAGAAAGUCCAGUGUCUAGUAAAUAAGGGAAGACAAAUAAACAAAAAGCCUCGCCAAAAUCAGGCCAUUGCUGAAUACAUCACUUGAGGAACUCAUAAAGAAUAAAGAAAUACUGGAGAAAUAUUUUAGAUGGCAAAAUCUCAAAAAAAUCGGUAAAUAAUGUUUUUGACCCACAUGACAGCUUUCCCAGGAACAGCUACACGCCGAGUCAUCAAGCAAAAGCUUGAAAAUUCAAGUGCCCUCAUCGAAACACCAAGAAACCUUUCGGACGGAAAAUUUGUAUAAAUAAAUAUGUUUGGCUGCUGUUUUACCUCAUAAAAGUAGGCAUUCUGAAGAAUCGAUAAUUCCUUUGUUUAGUUCUCUUAGUUUAGUGCAUGUGGUUUAAGGUCCGGUCUUUUGUUUAUCUGAGAAAUGUCAUGAUCGUAGUUAAACUAAAAAAAUGAGAUAGUUUAUGUGAUAGCAAGUAUUCUAGGUGUUUUUUGCUGUAGUACUGGAAUUAGUCCUAUAAUUACUUAUUCUAUAUUCAGAAAUAUUUUAUCCCAAUAAAGCCACAAAAUAAACUAUACAGGUAAUAAGCGAUUCACUUGUUACAAUCAUUAUAAUAUUUUGUUAAUUUAGUGAAUAAUUUCAUGCGAUGUACUUGCAAAACUUCAAAUCAUGAUUAAAAUAAUGAACUAGAAUACUACCUCAAUUAAUCACACUUUAUCUUCUCGGCUACAAUUUUAGACGAAGAAAAUUGAAAACCGUAAAUCUAUUUUCCCGACAGUCUCCUGCAAACAGUUUUUUCUUUGCCACUUCGCUUUGUCGCUUGAUGUUGAAAAACGGCUCCAGAAGGCGAUGUUACUAAACUUUAUACUGAACGGGAAAACCUAAUAACAAUGCAUAAAUUGGACGCAUGUAAUUUUUUUCUUUUCUGCAAUGACUGUAAACAAACUCAAUGGAUGCCUGCGAGUGUACACGCAACAGUCAGCGGUAGCCAACACAACGCAUGAGUAACCCACGUUCUUAUGGGAUUUGGAUUCAUUCUCGUACCCAGAGCCACUCGGCUUAAUUUGUAACAACCCACGUGACCAAGAAACGACGGCCUCUGGGGACGAGAAUGAUUUAGAUUUUACAAGCAAGAAAACACGCGUGGGAAUUUGUGAAAUCUUGAAGUAUUUUACAAGAAAACUAGUCUGGUGACCCCCUAUUUUCAUUCCUUUAAUAUUUUGUCAGAGUUGAUAGGACACGCCAGAGAAAAAAUGAAAAAAUUCUACAGAAGAAAAUUUCUACUGAAAAAAAUGUCCUAAUUUCCACUUUCGCAAAAAAUCCGCUCCGUAGAAUUUUUUUUAAAAUCACUUUGUAUUUUCAAAAGGUCUAGAUAUAUAGCAGCAACAAUAAUUAUAGAUAGCCGCAUAAACAUAACAACUUUCUUUAAUUUUCCAGACAUGCUUCGACGGUACAUCCGUCACCUUCAGUGUUACGUAUUUUGAAAUCGCCGUUGAAUUUAAAUCGCGCGCGAUGUUACAAGCAAGUUUUAAUGCUUUUUAUGUUGGUGAAACCAGCCGACAUUUCUCCACACGAGUGCCUGAGCACUAACUUUCUGACAGGUCUUCCAACGUUUUUAGACAUCUACAAAGUUCAGAGUCUUGCCGAACACCUUACAGAUCGGACUGCUUCCAGAUCCUGGACUCUGCAACUACUAAAUACUAAGUGAAGCUCAAAGAAUCUAUGUUCAUAAAAUGGAUAAAACCCGACCUCAACCAGCAGGUGAAACACAUAAACCGGACUCUCUCCCUGUAAGUAGCUCAGCGUCACUGAUGCGAUUUCAAAAUAUGUAACAUUGAAGAUGGCGGAUGUACCGUCGAAACAUGUCUGGAAAAUUAAAGAAAGUUGUUAUGUUUAUGCCACUGUGUAUUCUCCUUUUCUAAUGCCAAAAGUUGUCUUCCAAAAAAAAGUAGGGGUCACCGGCUUAGCCGAGUUUCUAGUUAUCAGCGCUGGAAGCCAAAAAGUAGGUCCGAAUAAUCCUGAAGAUACGUUGCCAUGGUAACUGUUAGUGACGAAAUAUGGUUGUUUUAAGUACAAUUCAACUCUACAAAAGUGCUGCCAUUGCUUUGGACUGUUUUUUUGCUCUGUCUUUUUAAAAUUAAAACUGUCAAAAAAGAGGGAAGCUGGUACCAGCCACCUUAAAGGCAGCCUGCGUGGCAGGCAUUCGAAAGGGAAGGGGAAGGGAAUUAGGGCGCCUCAGGCGCUCUCGCGCGCCAAAUCCCCCCUUCCCCGUCCCCUUUUAACUCCUGCUCCGCAGGCUACCUUAAAGGAAAGGUCUGGUUACAAGCAGCUCUCCAAUUCUUCUGUCAUCAUGAAGAAUAUAUCCAAUCAACCUAAAUAAUAUAACUUGAUGCGAGUUGUGCUCAGGUUUGAAAUUAAUGCCAGUUACGUUUAAAUUCGAUGACAAGGAAAAAAAUAAUUGAAGCACUGUAAUAACGUCACGAAAACCCUUACAGUAAAUUACUUUCUAAUAUUCAUUGGUUGCUCACGGUUCUUCUUCCAUCCGCGGAAAUAUUUUCUGCAUAGUUACGGUUGUUAAGCAACUCUCAGAUCUUGUAUUGUAUCAGAUCUUGUAUUUUUUUAACUAUUUUUUUUUUCUUAACAAGAAAAUAGAAAACAGGAAGAUAGAAACAUAACAACUAAACAGGACUACACUCCGAGAUGAACGAUCAGAGGUCACAAAAACUUGUAAAAAGGACGAAUAACAAAGUCGUUGGCAUAAAAACACAUAUAUACCUGAGGACUAGUAACAUCUCCCAAUUUAAUUUUUGUUAAGGAGUUUUAUCUCAGUGAUACGUUUUUGAAAUGUUCGUAGUCUCAAAACAAAAUAUAUUUGAAUGUAAAAUCUAGUAUCCUGGCUUUAAGCCUUGAAGUUCUUUUAUAGUUUGUUACUAAGGUAGCUAAUUGUUUAGCUUUUUAUACAAUGUUUUGCAGGAGUACGCUACGUGAAGCUGCGAUGGCCGAGUGGUUAAGGCGUUGGACUCGAAAUCCAAUGGGGGCUCCCCGCGCAGGUUCGAAUCCUGCUCGCAGCGUCAUUGUUUAAACAAAUAUUUUUGAGUAGCCUUUGGUAGCAAACGUGCUCAAGUUAUUACAUUUUUGUGGUAAAAAAGUCCACAAUGUGAUUAUUAACAAUGAUAAGAAAUAGGAGGUUUAAACGAUUACAGCUUGUACAGAAUAAACGGGUUUAUAUUUGUAUUUGGAAUCAAAUUAAAUUCACUAUUUUAUGAUUUACCUUCAAAUAUUCUGAUCUGGAAGAAAUAGUGUGUAAAACCCAUUGCCAAUUGAAACGUGAUUGAAUAGAUCACCUUCCACUUAUUUUAUUAAUUUAUCAAUUUAUUUAUAGAGAGACUUCCAUUAUAUAAAGCUUACAACAAAUGCAAAUUAAACAACAAAUGCAAAUUAAACAACAAAUGCAAAUUAAACAACCAGCAAUAAUUUAAAGGAUUUACGGAUCUAAAAAGCAGGAAAUGCUGCUUUGGGGGUCUGAAUUCUUGUAGAUGUUUCAUCCACAAAAAGCCGUUGUUGCCUAUUACCAGGGGCGGAUCCAGGAUUUUUUUUAGGAGGGGGUGCACUCGUCUCUUGCUCUACUUCAACACCAAUAAACCACAUAGUUUUUUUUUUUCGCAGAAUACCAGUUGUAUUAGAAAACCACAGGUCAUCUCAGGGGGGAGGGGGGGUUGCGCACCCCCUGCACCCUCCCCCUAGAUCCGCCCCUGAUUACCUAUUAUUAAGUUUAUGAUCCAGUCAGUAAUGUAAGGAUUCAUAUCCAUGGCUUUUAACUUAUUACAAUCCGAAUACAGUGCUAGACACGAGUAUGGUUAUGAGAAUGAGCCACUCUUUCUUUUAAGGUGAUAUUACACGAGACGAUUCGCAACGACGAUUUUUAGCACAACACAGCGUUGCAACAUUGUUGCGACAUUGUUUUCAAUGCUUGCAACAUUGUUCCAACAUUGCAACGUUUUGUUGCGCUAAAAAUCGUCGUUGCGAAUCGUCCCGGUUAACAUCACCUUUAAAGUGUUUGGAGACGAUACUGCAGCCGUCUGUUGCUGUAAUGGCCGAGUGGUUAAGGCGUUUGACUUGAAAUCCAAUGGGAUCUUCCCGCGCAGGUUCAAAUCCUGCUCGCAGCGAUGUGUAUAAUUAAUUUUAUUUCUCUUCUCUUUUCAUAAGUCAAACGCAUGAAAUUGUGCAUAUUUUUUUAUAUAUUAACUUCGAUUCGUACGAUAGAAAUAUAAAAAAGCGACAAUUUAUUAAAAUAUGGAUUCAUUUGCAACAUACUCCUUUAGUCAUCGUAUUUACCCGCUUAUGGAUUUUUUAAAACAACAACUCGGCUUUCGACAGCUAAUGCGAAGGUUAUACGAGGAUCUACCCUUAAAUAAGAGGACACUGUGGGUCAACUCGUGGACGCAAAUAACACCUGAUGCGACAAUCUGACGCAAACUUCAUGGCCUUGACUUGUGGAGUUGCCUUUUACCCUGAAAGUUGUUUGGAGUGAAAGUAUAUCAUAAUGGUUACGUCUUAGCCAAUUUUAAUCAGUCUCUCAAAACAUAUAAAGUAAGUGUUUUGGAAAUAUAUGAAAAUUAUAACAGUGCAGGAUAUUCACUGACUGAGUAGCCAAUCAGAGCGCGAGAAAAACACUAUCCACUGUUUUAGUAUAUACUAAAUAGUAAUAUUUCAGCAACAGCAAAAAAACACAUGUGCAAAUCUACAUUUUAAAAGUCGUCUUGCAGGCGCUGUGUUCUAGGCAAACAUACUAACACUGAGUAAAAGAAACUUGACAUUUAAGUAGCUAAGCCAUCUGUCAUAGUAAGAGUUAAUUCCAUAUUUCGCAACCUCGGGUAACAAUGUAAACAGAAAGUCAAAUACUGUCACGAAGCUGCCAAGAUCGAAAACCAUAGAAGAAAGUUAUUGAAACGUAAGAAUACUGUAGAAGCUAGCAACAGCUGCAGCACCGAAAAUCUUUUUUUUUUUUGUCAUAUAUGGCGUCGUGGUUUUGGAUUGUUGGUGGAUUACUUAGCGUAUUUACUAUUCUUGGAAAUGGCUUCACGUCUUUCCUGAUCAUUACAAGACGUCGACUGUUCACCUUACCUAAUUGUUUUGUUCUCUCUCUAGCUGUGGCAGACUUAUCUUUCGUUUUAUGCUACUUUCCAGCAUCGUUGAUCUGCAACAAAUACUUCCAUUGCAAUCGCGAACAUCGAAUUAUGGUGGCAUCCAUUUUUAUGUAUGCUUCAGUAACGAAUUUGGUCGCCAUGACAAUCGAUCGUUAUAUUGCCAUUGCUUUUCCUUUGAGAUAUGUUGCAUUGAUGACCUCAAGACGAGUUUUUGCUAUUAUUUGCUCAACUUGGUUAUUCUCGGCUGUCCUGGCAGCCAGUGAGUACUUUGUAGAACACCACACCACAUCUGAAGCUACCAAAAAGGGUUUUGAAGUACCGCGAAUCUUAGUCACCGAAUUGACUCCAGCUGUAUUGCUGGCCAUUGUUACAGGUCGUAUCUUGAUUAUUAGAAGGAAACACCAGCGACAAGCCGCUAGUCAAGUUUCUCAAAUACUUCAUAACAAAAGGAUAGAAAGGACCGGCUGCCGCUUGAAAUUGGCCAGAAAGAAGGAGAUGUCAUCUGUUCCAAUGAUAUGUACAGUCGUUUGUGUUUUUAUAGUUUGUUAUGCUGUGAAUAUUUCGCUGUCCAUUUGCUUUGGUCUCGAAGCUUGUAAUGAGCCACCAGAGGAGGUUCAAGACGUUCUUGGGAUCCUGUUAAUUGUAAACUCACUAAUAAAUCCUUGCGCUUAUGCUUUCCUAAAACGUGACAUUAAAAGGGAAUGCAAAUUGUUUUUAUGUGGAAAAUUAGGAGAAUGAUAGAAAAAGUUUCCUAUCAAUUUAAUUACUUGUCACUGUAAUUGUUCUGUACGUUAAAUAUUUAAUGAAGAGUCCUGUGAUUAUUUCUGAAAAGUUUUCUUUUCAACUCAUUCUAUAGCAAACAAAAAACACUGCAUGCGUCGGUUAAUCAAGACAUUAAAAAUACAAUUGUUAUAAAAAUGACUGCGUUGGCCAGUGUAGCUGGUGCACGAACGUCAUCCCAAGCAAAAACCGACCGCUAGAAGCUACGUGGACUGACAGAGUUUGCGUCAUUUAACUGAGGUUCUCGAUGUGGUUUACUGUCUAAAACAUUAAAUUCAUUACCUUUUUUAGUAAUCAAAAGACGUAGAUAACUUUGGGAGAAGCUCCAUUCUUAAAUUUAGCAUUUUCAUCUUGAUUAAAAGCGCCAUUUUUGAAAUGAUUAAACCAUUGCUGGGAGAAAUGUAAUGUUAGCAUUAACAGUUAAAUGCAAAAGAAACUACUCCAUUUAGUUUUUUUUUUUUUUUUUUUUUUUUUUUUUUUUUUUACCGUAUUACGUCCGCCGCUAUCUUAUAAGUACAGUAUACCCUUUCUAUAAAAUCAGUUUUGAGGAAGUUUCAGACAAUAACGUUUUUAACUUAGACUGGAUUGUGUUUUCAUUCAUAAUUAAUUAAAACAUUUGUUUUACCAUAUACAGGACGUUUGUGUGCUUUCCGCUUUAGAAUAAAAUGUAACGCGCGCUGAGGUUUUUAUCACAACAUUAAAAAUAUUAAAUCCCGAUUGUUCUGCGAACUAAUGAUCAUUUUCAUAAUGUAGGAAUGACCUCACUGGUAGAAGCAAGAUAGCUAACAAUUCCAAAAAAAGAUUUGCAUUACUUUGAAUAUAGUAGAUUUUUCUAAUUUUCUACUUUGUUUGACUUUUUGGUGUAUUAUAAGGACAACCUCAAGCUGAUAAAAUAUUAGAGUUCAUGGCGUCGCUCAUCAAAAGACUUUUACUUUAUAGGUCUGUUCAAAUUUCAGCUGCAAAAAGCUUCCAUAUAAAAAAUGUUCAAAUAUCAUUUAUGAAUCUUGACAGCAUCAUUGUUAAGCAAUAAUUAUGGCGGAAGUUUAAAAGAACUCAGUUUCUUUCGGGGAUGUCUUUACCUUUAAAUAUUGCUCGAGACUGAUUCCCGCCCUCUGAAGAACUCGUUAAGAAACUGAAUGCGUAAAUUAAAUAAUUAACUCAGGUUUAUUAUUACUUUGAUGGAUUACACCCUGGAGGGGAAACCAAAAUUCUGCAUUAAGAUUAUUUCUGGCCUCAUAAAAGUGUUGAAGGCUGUUGGACGAAGCUCAUCGUUUCCUAAGAGGAUCCUUGUAAUUUAUCUGACACAGCCUAACCGUCAGUGAACCAGAGAAGACAGUACCGCGGAAUAGAAGCUUGGUGAAGAUGAGCGUUAUUUAUUUGGUUAUUGGCUGGAUUCUAAGUGCUACAGCAAUUACUGGAAAUUUUUUGGUUAUUUUUCUCAUUGUGAUUACAAAAAGACUUCAGACAAUGGCAAACUACUUCGUCCUGUCCCUCGCAGUGGCCGAUUUUCUGUUCGCGGUUUUUUUCUUUCCAUUCGCGUAUUUCUGCGACACAAUGUUUGUUUGUGAUGAUAGCCUACGUGGGAUUUUAUCGUGGCAAUUUGCCAUAAUUUCAAUCUCAAAUCUUUGUGGAAUGGCUACAGACCGCUAUGUUGCUAUUGUAAGACCGUUCAAAUACGUUAAAUUUAUGAUUUCAAGAACGUUCCUGCUUGUCAUUGUUAGCGCUUGGGUUCUGCCUCUUCUCCUAUAUCUACCUCCAAGCCUUUACAUGCACUUUGCUGGUGCAAGCAAAAGCACUCAACUUCUCUUCCAAGUCAUCUAUGGCAUCCUGUUUGAAAUAAUUCCUUGCCUGUUUCUUUUAUGCGUCACAGGAAGAAUUUUAGCGGUAUCCCGACGGCACUGGCGGCAAACCGCUGCAUUCAACGCGCAGUUGCGUUAUAAACAGCCACGUCUCAGGGAAAGCAAAGCGCAGUUUUCCGCAACUGUCAUUAUAGUUGUUGUUGGAAUAUUUAUUAUCUUCUAUGUUAUGGAUGUUGCUGGUUCAAUAUGCUUUUAUUUUGACGUCUGUGACUUAACCGUAGAAUUUCAUUAUGUUAGAAAACUGAUGCUGAUAGCUAAUUCAGCGGCUAACCCAUUUCCUUACGCUUUUAUCAAACGGGACAUUAAAAGAGAAUUCUUCAGAAUAUUUAGACCCUCUGUGUAA